AUGACCAGUUCUGCAGGUAGUUCGGACCCAGAUAUCCCCUAUGAAAGGAUCUCAUUGGAACAGGUUCAUGAAGAGAUUGGGUUGCCUUUACCUGCAGAUGCUUUCAGUGAAGAUUACGAAAAAGAUGAAACUCUGCAAGAUAAGCCUACGCAAGGGCAAAGCUUAAAUCAAGACGACUCUAAAUUGCAAGUUCCACUUUGCCUCGCCAUAGACAAUGCCAACUGUAUGCACCGUUCUCAUAUAAGGCACAUGGAGAACUUGAAAACUCAUUUGCAGAGCCUUUUACAAAUGUGGGGAGAUAAUACUGGGGUGAUUAGAUUAGAGAAUAUGGUAGAAGUAUGGAUGGCCAGAAUGGAUAAAAUUGCAGAUGCUAAUGUUUUUGAUAUCGAAUCUCUACUAAAGAAGUUUCAGCGGCAAGAGGAAAAUGCAAAGAUCGAAACCAAUGAGGUGAGAGGACAGAUAGAAAUUUAUGAAAAGAGAAUUCGGUGUCUAAGUGCAGAGUUGGAGCACAAAAAUGAGCAGAUUCAAUCCUUACGAAAAGAGAGAACGCUGUUAAAACGAUGGAUUCGUACUACUUACAAGCUGGUUCUCAAUUUUGGAGAUGCAUAUUGUAAUGACGGUAAAAUGACUCUUCGAAUGAAACAUAUCGUGGAGAGUCUAAAAGAUCCGAAGAACGCAGAUGUCAUUAACAUUCACCGGCAUCUCCUAACGGUUUUAAAGUCGAACAAUGAGAUUAAUUGA